CAAAUUCACCCGCCGCUUCAAAUCACAUCAUUUAGCUAAAUUAGAUGCCCAACACUCUAGCCCUCACGCAAUCGCAAGGGUAUGUGUCGCAUUCAAAGAUAAGUGUCUCUUUAAGAGCGGCCAAAUCCUCUUCACCUCUUUGCCGCCACCAGACUACCCCUCUUCCCUUCAGCUUCCCCCAUCUGCUGCUCUCUAGCAGAGGGUAGGAUAGUCCAACCGACGGGAUGGCCAACGUCUUUAGUCGUUUCCAGAAGCAACCUGGCGGAGGUAGCGGUGAGUCUCAAGAGGGAAACGCUGUGACAGCCAUCGACCACGAUUUGUCGGAGACAAUCAAUCCCGAGAAGAAUAAUCCUGAAAUCGCCAUGGCAGGAGACUUGCCUACACCCUUCGAAAAUGAAGACGACAUCCCAGAAGACGUUCGAGAGUUGCCCAAGGUUGUGCGUAGCAUCGUGAGCCUCGAAGAUGAUCCAACUUCGCCCACCAUUACCUUUCGAUACUUCAUACUCUGCUUCAUCUUCGUUCCUCCGGGUGCAAUUCUGUACACCAUAGGAGCAUAUAGGACAACGGCAGCUGUAUAUCCUAUUCUCUUCGUUCAGAUAGCUUCUCACUACGUAGGACAGUGGCUUGCAGAGAUCCUGCCAGGUAGGAUAAUUCGGGUUCCAUUCACUAAGCUCAGCUUCAGUUUGAAUCCUGGUCCAUGGAAUGCCAAAGAAAACGUGCUUGUUACAUUGACUGCUGCCUCUGGUGCCACGGGAAAUGCUGCAUGGUCCGCUAUCUCGCUCGCUCAGCUCUACUAUAACACCUACAUCCCUGUACCAGUGGCACUUUUCUUCAUGUGGGCAAUCGUAUACAUAGGAUACGCCAUGGCUGCUCUAGCUCGACAGUUCUUACUCUACGAUCCCAUCUAUACAUGGCCUUACUCCUUGAUGCAAACAGCUGUUUUCGAGACGAUGCGGAAAUCUUCCCGUGAUUCCAGGGUCGCGAGAAAACAGAAGUACGUCUUCUUCAUGGUCUUCGGAUUCUGCAUUUUCUGGCAUUUCUUGCCCGAGUAUAUAUUUCCGUUCCUGAGCUCGCUCUCGUUUCUCUGCUGGGUCGCGCCUAGAAAUCCCGUGGCCAACUUCAUUGGAGCCGGUAUUGGUGGCAUGGGUUUCCUGAACCUGUCCCUUGAUUGGGCGAACAUCUCCAACCAAUCGCUAAUCAGCCCCAUGAUUACCCCCUUCUGGACAACCUGUGUUCUUACCGCAGCCUUCGUCCUAAACUGCUGGAUUUUACUCCCUGCUGCGAAGUGGGGAAGUCUAGGAGAAUGGAAGCACAAUCUUAUGUCGAAUCGUGUGUUUCUGGCCAAUGGAACUAAAUAUCCGGUGGCGGAGCUAAUCGGGCCUAACCACACCUUCAACGAAACUGCAUAUCAGCAUUACGGUCCAGUUUACAUGGGUGCUCAGGCCAUCUGGAGUCUCUUCUUUGAUUACUCCUCAUAUAUUUCUGCCUUCACCUGGAUGCUUCUUUUCGGCUGGGACAAUAUUCGGGGCACAAUGGCUAAACUCCGUGAACGAGCGGCCUCUAGAGGCAAGGACUCCAUCAAUCACUUCUAUACAGACCGCCUCAACGUUAUACAACGACAAUACAAAGAAGUCCCUCUGUGGUGGUAUCUUGCUUUGUUCGUGGCAUCUUUUGUCACUAUAGUCACGAUUCUAGCGAAAGGGUACUUCUUCAUUCCAAUCUGGACGUUCUUCGUUGCCAUCUUGACGUCUGGAUUUAUGAUCGUCCCGUUCAGUUGGCUCUACUCAUUUUCUAGCUUUCAAGUUGCCAUUGGAACCUUCAACGAGCUUCUCUAUGGCUUUAUGGUGCACGCCGUGAGUGGUCACAAGCAUCCUGCCGGCGCGAAUACGUAUGGAUGCAUAGCUGGAGAUAUAUGGUACCGCGCCCAAUAUAUGCUCCAAGACCAAAAAAUCGGCCACUACAUGCACAUCCCACCACGUGCUGUCUUCUUCAGCCAAAUCUUCGGUGAACUCAUCGGCAUCCCCAUCAACUAUGGUAUCAUCCAGUGGGUUCUCAGGACCAAACGCGAAUAUAUCCUCGGCAACAUAAAAGACCCACUUGGCCAAUGGACUGGACAACUACUUGCAUCCUACAACACCAUGGGGGUGCAAUACGUUCUCAUCGGACCCAAGCGCCUCUUCGCCCAGCACAUGUACAAGCCGCUUCCAUGGGCUUUCUUGUACGGAGCCGCUGCUCCCUUUAUUCUGUACUUGCUCCAUCGCAAGUGGCCGAAAUCAAAGCUUAAGUUCCAUCUCUGGAAUGUGACAAUCUUUGGUUCCGGCGUCAGUCAGUUCUACGGAAACCUUAGUACUGGGUAUAUUUCCAGAUUUAUCGUCGGUUAUAUCUCCAUGAGGUGGUACUUCCGCCAUCGGUUUGAGACCUGGAGGAGGUAUAAUUUCCUCAUUGCUGCGGCACUCGAUGCGGGAUUUAAUAUCGCUAUGUUGUUGAUGUUUCUCAUCUUCUCCAGUGGCAAAAUCAUCAAGAUGCCGUUAUGGUGGGGCAAUAAUGAGGAGAGUGUGGAGAGGUGCUUUGCACUGGAUAACUAAGACUCUUGAAGUGGUAGAGUGGCUGAGAGAUGUGAAUCACCUAAUUAGCUCCUGGAUCUUCCAACCAUGUGGAGAAGAACUCUCACAAAGAUCUAGAAAUCAUUAAUAUCUUCUCAUUCCUUCCGUCUGGGCUCCUCGG